GCAUUCUGGCUCUGAUCCUCGUCACCCGCAACGAUAAACAAGUGGUGUCGCCAUGGCAAAUCCCAUCGCAACCUUUGAAACGACUCAAGGUGUGAUCAAGUGUGAGAUCUUCCUCAACGAGAUGCCCAUCACCGCGUCCAAUUUCAUCGACCUGGCCAAGACGGGCUUCUACAAUGGGCUCCACUUCCAUCGUGUCAUCCCUGACUUCAUGGAUCAGUUUGGAUGCCCUCACUCCAAGGACCCCAAAAGCCGCAGAGCGGGCACUGGAGGCCCACCGGAUGGCACCUUCAAAAACCUCAAGACCGGUGCCACGGAGACACGCUCCAACGGUGGUAACAUCAAGGAUGAGCACACAGCAAGGAUCUCCAACGAGCCUGGAACCCUCAGCAUGGCCAACACGGGACAACCCAACAGCGGUGGCUCCCAGUUCUUCAUGAACGUGGUGCACAAUGAUUUCCUGGACUGGUUCUCUCCUGGCGAAUCUAAGCACCCUGUCUUUGGCAAGUGCGUGGACAAGGCAAGCUUCGACACCAUGGUGAAGAUUUCGAAGGUUCCAACCCGCGACGACAAUCCAACGACCCCCGUCCAGAUGAUCAAGGUCACCAUUGAAGGCGCGUGAGGCCGGAGAGGUUCCCCUUCGAUUUCUUUUGGACCACGAGGCAUUUCGAGGGAACCAACAAAAAAUGGUGAUUUCCUGAGAUUCUGGUGAAAAUCUU